GUCCCUAUUCCCUGCGUGCCAUUUUCUCUCCCCUUUUCCCCCAUAUACUCUCUCCCCUCUCCACCCCACUCCAACAGUAACCCUCUUUCCUAUACAACAGUGCAUUCCUCCUCCUCCUCUCCUCCUGUGUCCCUCCCCUGCCCACCAUUAACAAGGAAGAGCCUCCCCCCAAAACCCCAAAAAAUCCCUCAUUUGCUCCAUAUCAAAGAGCCCCAUUUCAAGGAGGAGGAGGAAAAAGAAGGCACAAGCCCCUCUUUUCUAUCACCAGAACCAUCUUCUAUCCUUUCGAUCAAUCUAUAAUCCAUCUCGCUUGGUUGAGAUGAGUCCGAGCUAUGAGUGCAUGUCCUCUAUCCUCCUCUGCGCCGAGGACACCAGCAGCAUCCUGGGCUUUGAUGACGAGGAGGAGGAUAUCCAGGGGAAGAGGCCAGGCUGGGUGACUCGAAAAAGGAGCGAUUUUUAUGGGGAUUCCUUGAUGGUUUUUCCCCUCCAGUCGGAUAAGUGCUUGGCGCGGGUGGUGGAGAGAGAACCCGAGCAUCUACCGAGGGGGGACUACGCCGAGAGGCUGCGCUCCGGGGCCCUGGACCUGUCCAUCAGAAGAGAAUCCAUCGAUUGGAUUUGGAAGGUUCAUGCUCAUUACAAUUUUGGACCUUUGAGUGCCUAUUUAUCUGUGAAUUACUUGGAUCGGUUCCUCUCCACCUACGAGCUUCCUCAAGGCAAGACUUGGAUGAUGCAAUUAUUGUCGGUGGCAUGCUUGUCGUUAGCGGCCAAGAUGGAGGAAACUGAAGUUCCUCUAUUGCUGGAUUUGCAGGUUGGCAAGUCAAAAUAUGUAUUCGAGGCUAGGACUAUUCAGAGAAUGGAGCUUCUGGUUCUGAGCACCCUCAAAUGGAGAAUGCAAGCUGUGACUCCUUUCUCCUUUAUAGAUUACUUCCUUCACAAGUUCAAUGAUGGUAACUCUCCUACCAAGUUAUCGAUAUCCCGAUCCAUGGAACUUAUUUUGGACACAGUUGGAGGGACUGAUUUCUUAGCAUUCAGACCUUCAGAAAUUGCUGCAGCUGUUGCGCUGUCAGCGCUGGGAGAAACCCAAACUGUGGAUGUAGAGAAGGGUGUGUCUUGCUGCAACCUCAUAGCAAAGGAGAGAGUGUUGAGAUGCUAUGAAGUGAUUCAGGAGAAUAUACUGAUGAGAAAUAGGCCCCUUAAAAAUGCUACCCUAAUGGUUUCUUCAGUGCCGCGGAGCCCAAUCGCGGUGUUAGACGCUGCAUGCCUGAGCUAUAAGAGUGAUGAUAUAACUGUUGGGUCACAUGCUACAUGCCAUCAUACUUUGCCAGCUAGCAAGAGGAGGAAAAUAAGCACAUCUUCAAUCCCAUGAAGAUGGGGGGUUUUCUGGUUACUGCUCACCUGUUUGGGAGGUUUUGGUACUAUCAAACAAGCUAGACUGGUUUGGUUAGUGGGAGUUUUGUGUGGUCAGAAAGUUACCAGCAAAAAAAAGAAGAAUGAAACUUGACAAAAAAGAGGAAAACAAAACAAAGAUGAGAUGUUGUGGGUAAGCAGUACUCAUCCCUCUAAUAUGAAUGAAGCAUCCACCAGCAGUUGAAUUAUCAAAAAUGUAGAGCCAGAAAGGAGAACAGAGAAAAGUGGAUGCAAUGAGAGGAAAUGGAGAGAAAUGUAUGCUUGGGAGAAGAUAGAGGCUGCCAAAGAUAAACUGAGAAGUGUUUUUGUUGUUUGUUUUUCUUUUACCAUUAGGAAAAAGGUCCCUGUGGGGAUGAAAAGUGACCACUGAAACAGAAAAUAUGCAGGAAAAAGGAGGAAGUGGGUUUUUUAAGAAAGGUAUUUAUGAUUAACAUUAUU